UUUCGUUCUCUUGUUACAAGUAACAACAAAUAUUUACGAAAAUAAGUAAAAAAAAAGGCCAAGGUCAAAUGUCUAACGGUGGCGGAUCAGCGACUUCGAAUCCAGCAUCUGACAAUGCGCUGGAUGAAAAGUAUUUAACAAUUAAACUACAAAAAGAUGUGCCAAAAAAAAAUCUCCCAAGUGGUUGGAUAGGCAUAUGGCAUCAAAGUGGUGGUAUUAUAUAUCUACACAAACCAACAAAAGUUAUAACAUGGUCGAGGCCGUACCAACUCUCUAAAAGCACUAGCGCAAGGAAACAUGAUGUUCCUUUGACUGCCAUUCCAUGUCUACAUCAAAAAGCAGGAUUAUAUUCAAAAACUUUUACUGAAUCGAAGGAAGAAAGUCAAAGCAGUGAAAGUUCUGAACAUAACUCAACUAUAGAAGCUGAUAAAAAGCUGUUAACGCAUUGUAAAUUUGAACAGGUAGCAAAUGAGGAAGUUAAUCAUUUAGGACAUAAAAGAAAAUUGGAGACAGACGAAAGUUGUAAAGAGAAAGCAGCUAAGCUUCAAUGUUUUGAAGAUGAAAUAGAUUUAUUACUAAAUAGUAAACCCAAUAAACUUUUUCCAUCAAAUAAUUUUGAAACUCAGUUGCCAUCAUUCAGUUUAAAAAACAAUAAUAUUGCCAAUAAUUCAACUACUGAUACAGAAAGUAAAUUAGAUUCUAACAAGUUUUGUAAAGCUCAAAAAUUGAACACCAUCAACACAAGAAUUGCUCAGUCAAAUUGUUUGGAAAAUAGUUUUACAUCUUUAGACUGUGCUUUAAAUUCAAACUUAAAAGUUAAUAAUUUUAGUUUGGUUAAUUUGCACAAUUAUACAGAAUCUUCACUAGCAUUACCAAAAAGCGAUCCCUGCUCAAUUAUUUUAGAAAAGGCCUCUAACAAUAAAUUUGUUGAUUCACAGAUGUUACAUGAUUAUCUUAGCGGAAUAUUUUCUUUUGAAGAAUCAGAUAAAGACUAUAUUUUUGGUUUGCCUAUCUAUACUGAUGCUGAUUUUGAUGAGCAAGCUGCUUUAACUACAGAUAAUCAAAGGAAGAAAAAGCAAGCUGUUCCUGUUAUAAAAAAUCCGCUCCAAAAGUUGUACGAGUAUUGUCAGUUGCAUUUUAAAAAAACAAUUGCAUUUAAUAAGUUAGACGAAUGUUUUUCAGGGUUAUUUUACGUAGAAGUUCUUGUUGGAUUUUUGCGGUACGGAGUUGGACAGGGUGAUAAUAAAAAAAAUGCAAAAUAUGCAGCUGCUCAAGCUACAUUGGAGAUUAUGGACCCAAAAUCUUAUCCUAUAGAAGCCCAAGAAAAGUAUUUUGAGAUAUUUGAUAAACUAAGUGUUGAGGAUCCAACCAUUUUUGAGAAAACCAAAAGUCUGAUGUCUUCUUAUUCUUUAAUCUAUCCUUAUGAAAUGAUGGUGAGCAUUUUGACGAGGCAAUAUGGAUUAUUAGAUUUCAAUGAAUCGGAAAUCGACACGCGUUUUGCCUCAGACAUUGAUGGUGGAUUCAGUUGUACUUUAACUGUAAAGAGUUAUAAAGUCACUGCAGCACAUCAAGAUCGUAAAAUUGCAAAAAAUUUGGCUGCUCAGUAUAUUUUAAAGAAGCUUCAUCCUGAACUUAUUUGUUGGGGAUCUAUUAUGCGUUUGCAUAAAAGUGUUCAACUUGCUUUAUUACAGACAACUCUUAAAGAUGAGAAAGAAAAGACCUUGAAAAAUGAAUCACAAAGUGAACGCAUCAUAAAUAUUUUACAUGAAGAAAUGCGGAAAAUAGGAAAAUGAGUUUCAAAUAGUUACUUAGUACCCAGUUUUUUGUGAAUUAUGAAUUUGUUAUUUGUUAAAGAAUUACUUUAAGAUAUA